GGCUCCUCACGAUCUGCUGACAGAUAUCGGAGCAGCAGGUCAAGCCUGAGUUGGUGCAGAGGUUCGAGAUUCCACAGGUGUUGGCUCAUGAACUGGGCUGUCUUUGACAGAGCUGGGGGUAUGGCUGGCAACGGGCGGUAUAAAACCUGAGACCGGGUUGACAAUCAGGGAGUGCAAACAAGGUCGUACAGCCCUGAAGUGCAGUAAACCACAGACAAGCCCUGCUCGAGCAUCUCUAUUCCGUCAUCUCACCUUCAGUCGCUGCCGCCACCAUGAGCCGCAGCCCAGAGAGGAUCUCAUCCUACCGCCGGCACUUUGAGGACAGCAGCAGCUCGUCCUACCAGGUCAGGGUGUCCAGUCCAUCCCCCACCAGGAAAGACGCCCGUCAUGCCUCCGCCGGCUACUCUUGCAAAGCCGGGGCCAGAGGCAUGCGUGCGGAGUCAGUGGGACGAAGGAAUGUCUCAGCUGCACGCAGGAUUCGCAUGGGUGGAGCAGGUGGGAGUGCAGGAGCCUUGGUCUGUGUCGGGCCGAGUGGAGAAAUUCCCAUAGAUCUGGAUGUGGCUGCAGCUGAAAACCAUGAAUUCCUCAACACCCGCACAACUGAAAGACAGGAGAUGAUCGUCCUCAAUGACAGACUGGCUGUGUACAUUGACAAGGUUCGAUCACUUGAGCAGCAGAACAAGCUGUUGGAAACGGAGAUCGAGGCCUACCAGAACCGCUUUGAGAAUCCAUCCGGUCUGCGUCUCCUGUACGAGGAACAGCUGAGGGAGCUGAGAAAGAUCGCUGAGCAGAUGAGAGUUCAGCGGGACAUUUCCUUGGCGGCUAAUAAGUCUACAGCUGCCCAACUGGAGGCAAUCAAAAUCAAAUAUGAGGAGGCAGUGGAGCUGAGGAGGAAAGCUGAGUUAGAAAUCGAAGCCUUCCGUCCAGAUGUUGACAAAGCCACCUCCUCGCGCAUUGCCUUGGAGAAGAAGCUGGAGCAGCUGGAAGUUGAAAUUGAAUUCCUAAAACGAGUCCAUCAACAGGAAAUUGAUGAGCUCAUGAAACAGAUCUACUCGGCGCAUGUGUCGGCUCAGAGCGCGUUCACCCUCCCUGACCUGGCAGCCGCUUUGAAACAAAUCCAGACCCAGUAUGACGACAUCGCUGCCAAAAACCUCCAGGAGAUGGAUUCUUGGUACAAAAACAAGUUUGAAGGGUUGACCAGUAAGACGUCAAGACAUGUGGAUAAGGUUCGAAGCAUCAGGAAUGACAUAGCCGGUGCCAAAAAGGAUAUCCAAAGCAAAGACCGCGAAUUGGAUGCCCUGAGGAGCAAGAACGAAGCUCUUGAGGCCCAGAUCCGAGAGACACAAGAAAGACACAAGAAGGAACUGGAAGACCUUCAGGCUCGGAUUGAGGCCCUGCAGUUUGAGCUGAAAUCCUACAAGGAGAAAAUUGCACUGCACCUGCGCGAGUACCAGGACCUCCUGAAUGUCAAGAUGGCUCUGGAGAUUGAGAUUACAACAUACAGAAAACUCAUCGAAGGAGAGGACCUGCGGCUCUCUGGCAUGAUGCAAACCCUGUCUCUCACCAGCUGCAGCGUGAGCGCCAUUGGUGGUGGGAUGGGCUUCAGUGGAGGCAGCAUGGGGGGUGCAGGUGGAAUGGGUGGGGGCAUGGGUGCAGGAGGCAUGAGCACAGGUCCAGGCAGUGGUGCUGGAGGAAUGGGUGGAAGAACGGGUGCUGGAGGACCUGCUGGUAGGGCAGGUGGGGCAGACAUGGGUGGGGGUCAUGGAUUGGCAGUUGGGGGUGUGGGUACUGGUGGAGGAGUAGGUGCGAGAGGAAUGAGUGGUGCUGGCGGAUUGGGAGCUGGAAGCAUUGGUGCUAGUGCUGGUAAUGGUCUUGGGGGAUUGGGCUCUGGAGUUGGAGGUCUGGGCACUGGGGCUGGAGGCGUGGGCGCUGGGGCUGGAGGUCUGGGCGCUGGGGCUAGAGGUCUGGGCACUGGGACUGGAGGUAUGGCCACUGGGGCUGGAGUUAUGGGCACUGGUGCUGGAGGUCUGGGCACUGGUGCUGGAGGUCUGGGCACUGGUGCUGGAGGUCUGGGCACUGGUGCUGGAGGUAUGGGCACUGGGGCUGGAGGUAUGGGCACUGGUGUUGGAGGUAUGGGCACUGGGGCUGGAGGUAUGGGCACUGGGGCUGGAGGUCUUGGCACUGGGGCUGGAGGUCUGGGCACUGGGGCUAAAGGUCUGGGCACUGGUGCUGGAGGUCUUGGCACUGGGGCUGGAGAUAUGGGCACUGGUGCUGGAGGUCUGGGCACAGGGGCUAAAGGUCUGGGCACUGGUGCUGGAGGUCUUGGCACUGGGGCUGGAGGCGUGGACGCUGGUGCUGGAGGUCUGGGCACUGGGGCUGGAGGUCUGGGCACUGGUGCUGGAGAUGUGGGUGUUGGGGGAAAUUUGGGGUUCGGCACCGGAGGCAAAGUUGACAGCGGCGUGGGUGGUGUUGGAUUGGGUCCAGGUGGUGGCACUGCAGGUUCAGGUGGCAUGGGCAGCGCUGGCAAUGGUCUCAGUGGAGGAAAGAGCGGUGUCGGUGGAGGCACGGGGGACGGAAUCGGUGGAGGCAUAAAAGGGGAUGGACGUAAAGAUCGUGGUCUGGGUCCCGCUGGAAUGGGUGGUGGAAUCGGAGGGGGUAGAGGAAUCGAGGGUGUGGUGGGUGAAGGUGAUGUAGGCGUUGCACCGUCACGCAUUGGUGGAAUGGGGGACAGCAGUGGUGCCGCGAUGGGAUAUGGAUCCGAUGGAUACGACGCCAACAACGACCCCUACACGGAGCAGGCUGUGGAGCUGACGGAGAGGAGGACGGUGCUCAUUAGGACUGUUAAAAAUGAGGACGACGUGCUGGAGAUGGACCACCAAGAACACACUCUACACCAUCACCGUGCAGCCGACGACUCUGACGAGGAAUGAAGCUGAAUUCCCAAGUGACCUCCCCUCCCCUCGGCCUUCAAGCUCCCACACCCCCCCCCCCCCCCCCCCCCUCCCCUGAGCUUAGCACUGACUGAAGCCCAUGUCUGGGCACUGACCUUCGCCCUUUGCCCUGGACAAGAAGACCAUGAAUGACCCCAUGCCUCACAGGGUUUA